AUGGCAUCAACGCCGCCACACUGCUCGAUCACCGCCACCAAACCUUAUCAGAACAAUCCUUACCCUCAAAAUCAGCUUAAGAACCAUCGCCAAAGCCUUCACCCACCCAGAUACCACCGCCCAUGGGCUCCUCAGCGUUUCGCUCCCUCUCCACUCGGCGGCGGAACCAAAGCCAGAGGCAGUGCAGCUUCGCCGUCUUCCUCCUCCGCCGCCGCCGCCGCUGCGACGACUGCUACCGGUCAAUUAUCGCAGACUCCUGCUCGUUUCCCUGCUUUAUCUCCUCUGCAGACCCCGAAAUCGGAUCUCUCCCCUGAUUUUGCCGGUCGUCGUUCGACCCGAUUCGUCUCCAAGAUGCACUUUGGCCGGCCCAAAACCGCCAUGGCAUCGCGUCACAGCUUGGUUGCAGAAGACGCGCUUCACCACGCCAUCCAAUUUUCCGGGAACGACGAAGGGCUUCAGAAUCUACUAUUGAGCUUCGAGUCUAAGCUUUGUGGCUCCGACGACUACACAUACAUACUCCGUGAGCUCGGAAAUCGAGGUGAGUUCGAGAAAGCUGUUCGCUUCUACGAGUUUGCAGUGAAACGAGAGAGGAGGAAGAACGAGCAAGGUAAAUUAGCAAGCGCCAUGAUAAGCACUCUCGGUAGAUUAGGUAAAGUGAGCAUCGCAAAGAGGAUCUUCGAAACUGCUUUAGCUGGUGGGUAUGGAAACACAGUCUACGCCUUCUCGGCUAUAAUCAGCGCUUAUGGAAGAAGCGGGUAUCACGAAGAUGCCAUAAAUGUCUUCAGUUCCAUGAAAGGUUACGGCUUGAGGCCAAAUUUAGUUACUUACAACGCUGUGAUCGAUGCGUGUGGUAAAGGAGGGAUGGAGUUCAAGCAAGUGGCUGAGUUUUUCGAUGAAAUGCAGAGAAACAGAGUGCAGCCUGAUAGGAUAACUUUCAACUCUUUGCUUGCUGUUUGUAGCCGAGGAGGCUCUUGGGAGGCAGCAAGAAACCUUUUUGACGAGAUGUUGAAUAGAGGGAUCGAGCAAGAUAUAUUUACGUACAACACUCUUUUGGAUGCAAUCUGCAAAGGAGGGCAGAUGGAUUUGGCCUUUGAGAUCCUGGCUCAGAUGCCUGCAAAGAAUAUCAUGCCGAAUGUUGUAACUUACAGCACUGUGAUCGAUGGCUAUGCUAAGGCCGGUAGAUUUAAUGACGCUCUUGCUCUGUUCGGGGAGAUGAAAUAUCUUGGUAUCCCACUUGAUAGAGUCUCGUACAACACAUUGGUUUCGAUCUAUGCUAAGCUCGGUAGAUUCGAAGAAGCUUUGGAUAUUGUUAGAGAAAUGGCAUCCGCUGGGAUUAGGAAGGACGCUGUGACUUAUAAUGCUCUUCUGGGUGGGUAUGGGAAGCAUGAGAGAUAUGGUGAAGUGAAGUGUGUUUUCGCUGAGAUGAAACAGGAGCGCGUGUUGCCUAAUCUACUGACUUAUUCGACCUUAAUCGAUGUGUACUCGAAAGGGGGCUUGUACAAAGAGGCAAUGGAGAUAUUUAGGGAGUUUAAGAGUGCUGGUCUAAGAGCCGAUGUUGUGUUGUAUAGUGCGUUGAUUGAUGCCUUGUGCAAGAAUGGGUUGGUGGAGUCGGCUGUUUCAUUGCUAGAUGAGAUGACAAAAGAAGGAAUCAGCCCAAAUGUUGUAACUUACAAUUCCAUGAUCGAUGCCUUUGGUCGAUCUGCAACUGCGGAAUAUUUAGCUGAGAUUGACGAAGGUGGAGCCAAUGGCGUAGAGGAAGAUGAGUCUUUCUCUUCCUCUUCCGCUUCUCCGUCUGACUCCUUGUCUGUGGCUGUGGGAAUUGACUCGCUAUGUAAGUUGACUGAGACAGAGGAUCAUCGGAUUGUAAAGAUCUUUGGGCAGUUAGUCACUGAGGGAAAUAACCAGAUAAAGAAAGAUUGUAAGCAGGGUGUGCAGGAGCUCUCCUGUAUAUUGGAAGUCUUUCGUAAAAUGCACGAGCUGGAAAUAAAGCCGAAUGUAGUAACCUUCUCUGCUAUUCUAAACGCCUGCAGGUUUGUCCCUCUCUCUGAUCCUUUUCUGAAAGUCUUGCUGAAAUUUGCUGAUGGUUUUGUAUAUCUUGUUAAACCUGUUUGCAUUGAGAGCAGUCGCUGCAACUCAUUUGAAGAGGCUUCAAUGCUGCUCGAAGAGCUCAGGCUGUUUGAUAAUAAGGUAUAUGGUGUUACUCACGGGCUUCUUAUGGGCUAUAAAGAGAAUGUUUGGGUCCAAGCUCAGAGCUUAUUUGAUGAGGUUAUGGCAAUGGAUGGAUCAACCGCUUCUGCCUUCUACAAUGCUCUAACCGACAUGCUUUGGCACUUCGGUCAGAGACGAGGAGCGCAAUCUGUGGUGCUUGAGGGAAGACGUAGAAAAGUUUGGGAGAAUGUUUGGUCUGAUUCUUGCUUGGACUUGCAUCUCAUGUCUUCUGGUGCAGCACGAGCAAUGGUCCACGCGUGGCUUCUGAACAUACGCUCCAUUGUCUACGAAGGUCACGAGCUGCCAAAACUCUUGAGCAUAUUGACAGGCUGGGGAAAACACAGCAAAGUGAUGGGAGAUGGGACGCUGAGACCAGCAGUGGAGGCGCUAUUGAGAGGCAUGGGAGCUCCGUUCCAUGUGGCUAAAUGCAAUGUGGGGCGGUUCGUAUCGAGCGGUUCGUUGGUUGCAGCCUGGUUAAGAGAAUCAGGCACACUCAAGGUCUUGGUCCUGCAAGAUCACAAACAUGAACAAACAUCUCUUCCUCUUCCUUUGUAG